AUGUCUUUGUGUCGAAAGGUCAGAGAUCCGAAUGCCCGUUCCUGGAUGUCAAGUCCCUCGUUACCAUGUUUUCAAACGACAACUUCCCUGUCGCCAUGCGCAAGAGCUGUCACUAAGAGGAAAUUGGCAAACAUCACCGUCACAGUGCUUCCUGGUGCCACGCGAAGAGUGACCGUAGUCGUCAUGGCUCUCAGUGCCGGUCGUCUCAAUUUCCCGAAAAUUUCGCUCAAGUCUGCACAAAUCGCCGAUUCAGUGCUCCAACAAGCUCUUCGCUCCCUUCCAGCAACGAUUUUCGUCCUGCCAAAAUCCAAGGAAUUCGUCACAACAUCGCCACAUCUUUGA